AUGGAGAUCCAUUACAAUGUGGAAGAAGGCAGAAUGGAGAAGGCUGCCUUCAAACCACAAUUUGCUUGGGUGGUGGGACAGCCUCUUCAUUGGACCGGGAUCAAAAAAGAUGUGGAACACGUCUUUCAGAACGGAGACCUCCCGAAACCUGGAGAUAUGAUCCAAUUCCAGAUGCUUGGAUUUCAACAUUGGGGUAUCUACAUAGGCGAGGAGCAAGUUGUACAUUUUGCCUGGCCACCGCUUAAGUUUAAAGUCCGGAAGGAAAAAAUCAAGGAUGUCCCGGGAGUUCUGAAAACUGCCGUGUGGAACAAAUUCGAUGAAAAAUAUACCCCCUUGGAUCCCGCUUGCGUGGUGAAGAGAGCUCGGAGCAUGGAGAACAAGGUCCUCAGAUACAACCCCACCAACGCAAACUGCGAGCACUUCGCCACCUUGAUGAGAUACGACAAGGCGCUGUCUGACCAGGCAGAAAGAUUUUACUUUACUGUAGAUCGGGGUUUCGAGCAGGAGAUCAGAAGAUACUUAGCGGAGGUUGACUGUGGAUGGAAGAGGUGAACGCUUCCAGAGAAAGCCUCCUUGAGCCUCACUCAUGUGGAUCAAAUCUUGGCUUAUGGGAUAAAAUAAAACCAGAGGAUUUUCGAAGCUAAGUCGCUCAAAAGUAGAUCUUGUAUGCUUUGACAAAAAUAGGAGGGAAUUUGGGAAUGUAAUGUUUUGUUUAGAUUGGCGUUUCUCAAACUUGGCAACUUUUGACACGCCUGAACUUAAAAAUCCAAGUCCCAAAAGGUGUUUUUUUUCUUUCCUUUUUCCAACUGGACUUUCUGGUUUUUCUUUGAAGACAUUUCGCUUCUCAUCCCAGAAGCUUCUUCAGCUCUGUUGUGGGAGUUGCGCCUUUGUUAUAAAUGCCUGUUCCAAUACUUCUAUGGGUAGGUACAAGGGAUUUUCAGCUCUCGUGAAAUUCGUGUUCCACUCGCUCUUUCAAAACCUCCGUUGUGAAAUUAAUCCGUCUUAUUCUUUCAUUGGGAAGUUGGAGCUGUGCUUUCUGCAGGAUGUUGAAGAAGCUUCUUGGAUGAGAAGCGAAACGUCUUCAAGUAAAAACAAAACCCACUUGCCUCUUGGGGAAGGUAGCAACUUUCGGACAACCAGGACACCUGGAUCUCCAGAGACAUUUAAAAAUCCCAGCAUUUCCCAGCCUGCACGAUACAUUGAACUACACGGCUUGGAUCGGUAUGACCUGCUAAGAUAUAGAUGUUAAUCUUAAAAAAGCUAAACAGAAUCAGAUCUGCUUAGGACUUGGAUAGGAGCCCACUAGUAUUGCAUAGGUAGCAUGCCAAAACAAGAUACAAGGAGAGUAUUUUUCCACCAGGCCAUUACUCUGCUAAAAAACUAAU